AUGCACCACCAGGCUGGCAUCUGGACAACAUCCAUGUUAUCUCAACAAACGAAUCCAUGUCCAAUCGCAUAUGCGUGGCUGAAAGUUGGGAACUCAUGGGAACUUGUCUGGUCUAACAACAACGACGACGACGACGGCGACCGCGACCGCGACGGCGACCGCGACGGCGACGGCGACGACGACGACGACGACGACGACGACAACAUUAUUGUUCUUCAAAGUAUUACAAUCUUACAUUUAUUGAAAAAAGACAAAUAA